CAUUUAGAAUCAAUUACAUAGUAAAGAUAACUGUAUCAAUCUGUCAAGUAGCAUUUGCAACUGUCAAGUUUUACACAUAUUUUACACAUAUAUAUUUUAUAAUGUUUGUUAAUUUAAAAAUUAUAUAUAAUUUUUCAUAUAAUCGUAUUAGUUUUAUAUGUACGACAUAAACUUAUAAAUUUUUUAAAAUUAAAAGAUUGCAAGAAUAUAUACAAAAUUUUACUUUCUUUUUUCUAAUUCUUAAAAGACAUCAAAGCAUAAAAUAAUCUAUGAAUUUAGGCGUGUUUAAUAGAGUUAAUCUUAAGGAUACCCAAGGCGGAAUGUAUUCCGAAUGGGCUUCUCUAAGUGUUUUAAUUCAACAAGGCUCAGAGGAAAGUCAAAGUGUUCUAGAGAAAUUUUCUCCUGGAGCUGGAAAGGAAGUUGCUUUAUCUAUUGUACGUCAAUUGGCUGCAAAUCUUGGUAUUACACAAGCAGCUGAACCUAGUCCAUUAUGUACAGAUAAAGAAGUUCAAUGGUGUAUGGAAGUAAUAUGCUUUGGACUAUCAUUACCUUUGGCUGAACAUGAUACUGUUCGAGAUUGUGUUAAUGUAUAUUGUGAAUGGUUAUCUGCAUUAUAUUCCACACCAAAGAUUUGUGUACCUAGACCAAUUAUAGAUGAUCCUAAUUUCUAUGCCAGAAAAAUAAUCAGUCAUUUUCAUAAUUUGUUUGUUCCACGAAAAGGAGAAGUCUGGCCAUUUUUAUAUCAGGAUUUAGGAACAGAUACAAUUAAUCGCCAAGCUGUUUUAUGUCAUAGAGUACUUAGAACAUUACAACAAAUUGCAAGAGGACCUGCUACUUUAGAGAGGGAAACUUGGGAAAGCUUAUUAUUAUUUCUUAUUGGUAUUAAUGAUGCACUUUUAGCUCCUCCAGCAACAAGAGAAGAUGCUGGAGAGCAAUUAUGUGAAAGAGUUUUAGGUGUAUUAUUAGAGGUAUGGUUAGUGGCAUGUGAACGAAAUUUUCCAUCACCACCAUUAUGGCGUACAUUAAGAGAAUCAUGUCUUCGUUGGCGGCAUAGAUUAGCAUUAGUAGAACAAUGGAAUCGUGUUUGUCUUGCUCUUACAGCAAGACUCUUACAAAUUAUGUAUGGUCCAAUGUUUCCAGAAUUAAAAAUAAGUGAAGAAGAUUCACAACUUGUAUCACCUACAAUGUCAGAUGAAGCAGUAGCCCAAGCCUGGUAUAGACUUUUGCGAACUAUAGGAGAUCCUGUUGAUUUAUGCAGACCUGCUGUUAUUUCACAAACACAAGCAUUUUUACAGUAUGCUAUUGCUAGUCCAAAUGUAAUAGAUCCAUGUCAACAUCCAUGUUUACAGAGUUUACCACAAAUAUUUUUGAAAGCCAUUAAAGGUAUAGCUGGACAAGUUGAUGCUUUUCUUGGAGUUUCACAGGCAUGUUGCUGGGAAGAAUGUUGUGUAUCUACCAUCACAUGUGGAUCUGCUAGUGCUGGAAGUGGAGGUGUAGGGUGGGAUAAAUCAAGUAGUAAGGAUAUGACACAACCUUCUCCUACACCUCCAACACAACGUAGACUUGCCAAAAGUUUCAGUGUAACACCUUCUGCAGUGACUAAGGGAAUUCCAAAAGCUUCCUUGAUCGGUUUAACAACGAGUCGAGUUUCAAGUACACCACCUAUAUUGAUGUCUAAUUCAGGACCAUCUUCAGCUUCAAGUACAACAUCUAUGACUUCAUUAGUCCAAGAUAUGAGACCGCCUUUAGCUCCAGGACGUCCAAAAUGUAAUAGUAUAUUACAUCUUUUUGGUGAAUGGUUAUUUGAAGCUGCAUUUAUAGGUACAGAUGGAUGGACACAAAAUUUACCACAACCAUCAGGUGCAUCAAAACGUCCAUCUUCUGUACUUGUUGAAGGUCCUAGUUCUUUACAAGAAGCUAUUAAUGAUGUUCCACCAGCUCUUUGUAUAGAUCGUUAUGAAUCUGGAAGAGCUGAAGCUUUAGGUGCAUUAUGUCGAAUAUUUUGUGCUAAAAAAACUGGAGAAGAAAUUUUACCCAUUUAUCUAUCCAGAUUUUAUCAAGCAAUGAAUCAUGGUCUUAAAGUUGAUGAAUCUCGAGAAUGUGGAGAAACAUUAGCAAGUAUUCUUUUGAAUUCUGCUGACUUAUUUCGUCUAGAUUUAAAUGGCGUACAAGUGUUAUUACCUGCAGUAAUAUCAGCAUUAGAAACUGUACUUCCAGAAAAAGAUUUAAAACUUAAAUCUAAUGUUGUAUCAAAAUCAGAUUUACGAAGAGCCUCAAUACAUCUACUAAUAUCAAUACUAGUAUUACCUUUACACUUCCAAAAUCUUACUAUUAAAGAACUUCCAACAUUUAUAAGUCCAAUGAUUAGUGAAAAAAAUCAUGUAACAUUUGCGCAAUUAAAAUCAAAACUUAUGAAUUUGCUUAUAAAUGCAUUACAAGUUGAAACUGAUUCUCAGAAUACACAUAUGUUGUUAGGUGCUCUUUUGUUAAGUGUACAAGAUUCUGCAGCAGCAGAAGAAGUUGAACAAGUUACACAACCUGAUACUAUAGCACAUGAUCCUACUGUAAAUUUAUUAUCAUCAGUCACCAGUGAUUCUGCCAGUCAAAUAAGUAUAUCCAGUGAUCAACGCUCGCUCGGUGAUACCUCUGAUAUUACAACUCUUCAAGAGGAAUGUAUUGCAUUUGAUUCAGCUCAUGCUCUUUUUGUAAGAGCAACAUAUUUAGUUUGUCAUAGAUUAAUAUCAUCAUGGAAAACAGACUUAAAUAUUUCCUUAGCAGCUCUUGAAAUAUUAUCAGGAUUAGCAAGAACACGUAUUCGUGAAACAGCAAGAAAAUUAACAGAUGCUUUAGAAUGUAAACGAGCUGUGAAAUGGCUUUGUGAUUAUAUUGCAUAUCAGUGUUGGCGUCCACCACCAGCUCAUUCAAAAGAUCUUCAUUCUUCUAUUGUUGCUGCAUUUAGUUGCUUAAGAACUUGGUUAACUGCUCAUUCACAAUUAUUACAAGAUAAGGAUUGUUUAACAACAGUUUUAGAAGUAGUUGAACUUGGUGUAUCAGGAACAAAAAGUAUAGGAAAACCUGGUGAACCUAUUAAAAUGAAAGAUGAAAAAGAAUUAAAACCAGCAUCUAUGCGUGUUAGAGAUGCUGCUGAUGCGCUUCUUACAGUUAUUUUGGAACAAGUUGGUUAUUUUCCUAGUGCAUGUGGAGCACAAUCAUUAUCAUCUUUAUUAGAUGAAGUAUCACUUUUACGACAUUGCAAUAGUUGGACUGGUGGUCGAGUUCCACGUCAAGCAGCAGUUGAAAGAUUUCGAUAUUUUGUUGCCGAAAAUGCUACUAUAUUAGCUUUAUUAGAAGAACCUCUUGGAAAUGAUCAAGAUCCACAACCUACAGUAACUGUAUUAAUACGUGGUCCAUUUGGAAGACAUGCAUGGACCAUGCAACUUCGACAUUUACCGAGGCAUAGAUCUAGUAUCAGAAGUGUAAAUACAAAUCCAGGUCGACCAUUGCCAUUAGCAGAAGCUGCUCCACGAACAGAUUAUAAGCCUAAAUUUUUUCCUGAUAAUGUAGAUCGAAUACCGCAUUGUAAAGUGGAUGAAUCUAUUCCAAGUUUAGAAGCAGUUAUGAAUGAUAGUGAUAUUGUGAGAAAUGAACAUCAAAUUUUAUCACAAUUAUUAGAACGUCAAAUGACUAUCGAAACAAAAUAUAGUGAUGGAAAUGAUAAAGUUUCAGAGGAAAAAAUAGAAGAAUGUGUACCACCUCAAAUUUGUCACGAAUUUCAAACUGCGCGUUUAUUUUUAAGCCAUUUUGGUUUCUUAAAUAUGGAACCUAGAGAAACUAAUGAAUCUAGAAACAAUAGUCUUACUGCUUUAGAUCCAACCAUUUCAGGAUUUUGUUUAGAUUUAGAGACUUUAGAUAACAUUAGUCCAAGAACAUGUGAUACUGUCUACAUUUUUUAUGUUAAAGCUGGUCAAAAAACUUCAACAGAAAUAUUAUCUAAUGUGUUACAUGAAUCGAAUGUAUCGUCAAAUUUCUUAGAAUUUUUAAAUUCUCUUGGUUGGCCAGUUUCGGUAUCAACACAUGCAGGUUGGACUGGCCAUAUUUCUACUUCAUGGAGAGUAACACCACAACUAAAUGUACCACAACCAGCUCAUAGUGAUCAUGGUGGAGCUCUAUAUAAUGGUGAUACUCAUGUACUUUAUUGGGCAGAUGUUAGCUCAGAAAUUGCUUUCAUUGUACCUACUCAGUUGAAUAAUAUGGUAAAUUCAGAUUCAUUGGAAGAAACAAGUUAUUGUAGUGAUGUCAGUGUUAAUCAAGUUUGGUUCGAAAGAAAUAUUAGUGAAAGUACUUCUCCACGAAAUAGUGGUACAGGACAAAACACAAUGCAAAAUUUACGAACAAUGUCACUUGAUUUAGAAAAACAACCUUCUAGUUUAACAGGAUCCAAUUCUUCCAAUGCAGAUUUAAAUAAACCAAGAAAAACAACUAAACAAGUUUUACCUGUACAAAUUGAUAUUAAAAUUAUAGUUGUUUGGUUAGAAAGUUUAGAAGAUUUUGCUCAUUUUCCAAUUGGUGAUCUUCUUCCUUGUACUUACAGUGGUCUUGAGCAAUCAAAAAUAAUUCAAGUAUCAGAUGUACAAGUAAUUUUUCUUCAAGCUCUUAGUAAUGGAUUAAUGAGAGUCAGAUUACAAGGUCCAGUUUCUAGAAUUAAUUUAGCUACUCCUUUAAUUGAUGGAAUGGUUGUAUCUAGAAGGGUACUAGGAACUCUUGUUAGGCAAACUGCAUUAAAUAUGGGACGUAGAAAAAGACUUGACAAUGAUAGUUACCAUCCACCACAUGUACGUAGACGUUUAAAAAUUCAAGAAAUGGUACAAAAAUAUAAGAAAGAUUUAACUGAACCAGAAUUAUUAACACUUUUAUUUAAUAGUACUCAAACUUAUCAAAUUUAAUAAAAUUGAUAUAAAUAAAUGAAAUUUAUAUUAAAUUAUAAUAAAGAUAUAUUUCUAAAUAAUAAAUAUUUCUAAGUAAUAAUAAAUAUAA